AGUCUAGAAGUACUCAGAAGUCUUCAUCUGCAGCUCGUCAGGGUGAAUACUGGAAGAUUGGGGACAUUACUGUGGCUGCCUUAUCAACCAUUUGUAACAGACUCCAUUUGUAACAGCGAAAGAAGCUUGUCAAGUAAGGGCUGGGGAAUUUAAUCUUGAGACACCUUUUUGGAGGUCAUAUUUUGGGGGAGUGGAUCGUCAUGCUACUUAUCAGUAUCACUUACUCCAAAGAAAGAUUUACUAGAUUCCUUUGCUGCUGUUGUAUGAUAUAAUGGACAGUUCUCAAGGAAAUGUAAAACACACCGACUAUUAAUUGCUGUCCCAGUAAACAGUGAUUCUGCAGGUGGAAAUAGAAGAUUAUUUUCCAAGCAGCAUAGUAGCCGGCACCAGGAUAGAAAGAGGAGAAAGGUCAUAAAACACUAAUCCUGCAGACAUGGCAUUUCUUCAUUGAGACGAGCAAACUCUGGAAUAGAAAGAGAAGGACAAAAUGGGGAACUCCGAGAGUCAGUACAGUCCUCAAGGAUCUAAAAAUCACAGCAGCAGCACCACGGAUACCAAGCAGAAGCCCUGUUCCCUGAAAAUCCGCAGCAUCCAUGUGAAAGAUGACAAAUCCCUUCAUGGGUGGGGCCAUGGCAGCGGAGGCCCUAACUACAAGUCCAAAUCCCUAGCCAGAAGCUGUCUCUCCCACUUUAAGAGUAACCAGCCUUAUUCUUCCCGUCUCAGUGACUCCACGGGCAAAGUCGCCAAAGGCAGCACCCACCCCAAGCCCCGGAUAAACACCUCAGGAAAUUUCUGCCAGGGCAGUAAUUCUGCCUUCUUGCCUGAGAACGGUUUCCACUACAUUGGCCUUGAAGCGGCAGAUGACCGAAUCUCUUCCAGGGAUUGCAACGGACACGCUCUGAACUGCUACGGAAAGAACAAGAGCCUUGCAUCCACCCCGCCGGCUGAGGACCAAAAGAGCCCUAAGGUCCUGAUCAAAACCCUGGGGAAGCUGGACGGGUGUUUACGGGUGGAGUUCCAUAACAGCAGCAGCAGCAAAGUGCCUCCAGAAGAACCUGAGGGGCCAGUCCAGCUCUUACGGUAUUCUCCCACUUCAGAUUCAGAAGCCGCCAACCUGCUGGAAGUUAGGAGGAACUCCAGUGCCGAUUAUCCCGCAAACCACCACCGGCUCUCCCCCACUGACUCACGAUUGCGGUCGAGUAAGGGAAGCUCACUGAGUUCGGAGUCCUCGUGGUACGACUCCCCUUGGGGAAAUGCCGGCGAUGCCAAUGAGCUGGGUGGCUCUGACCUGACCAGAGCCGCUCCAGACACUAGCCCGCAGGCCAGUUUUCCACCUAAUGAUGGCCAGAAGGCCUUCAACCAAAGCUCAUCCCUCUCUUCCCUCCGGGAGCUGUACAAAGAUGCCAAUUUAGAAAGUCUCCCUUCCACAGACUUCAGACUCUCUGAUGAGUACUUCACCACCUCAGCCCGCUUUAGCAACCGCGUUUCGUUUGCCUCCUCCAUGGAUGUUCCCUCCACCCUAGACCAGCGAGGCCCCAUACCCUACUGUUCUUACACCCUCCCAUGCCGGAAAUCCAAACCCUUAAUGGAAGAUGCUUCUAAGAAAGACACCUUAAAAACCAGGAUGCGGCGUAUCAGCGAUUGGACAGGAAGUCUCUCAAGAAAGAAGAGGAAACUCCAGGAGCCGAAAUCCAAAGACAGGAAUGACUUUGUGGAUUGCAGAAUCGAAGGCCUCAAUGCCGAAAGCCUAUUGCCUUCCCAGGUGUCUAAUUCCUUGUGGUCAGCUGGCUCUGGACCUAUCCUGACUCAAAGGAGCCAGUCCAACGGUGCCAUCGGUGGCGAUGCCCUGCGGCAAAACAUCUAUGAGAAUUUCAUGCGUGAGCUGGAGACAGGGCGGACGAAUGGAGAGAACCCCGAAACCUCGACGGAGACCGCGGAGUCCAGCAGUUGUUCGCUCAGCUCCUUAGAACAGUUGGACCUGCUCUUUGAGAAAGAACAAGGGGUGAUCCGUAAAGCUGGGUGGCUCUUCUUCAAACCUCUCGUCACUUUGCAGAAGGAGAAGAAGCUAGAGCUGGUAGCCCGCAGGAAGUGGAAGCAGUACUGGGUGACCCUUAAAGGAUGCACACUGCUGUUUUAUGAAACCUACGGCCGGAAUCCCACGGAGCAGAGUGGUUCUCCUAGGUGUGCCCUCUUUGCCGAAGACAGCAUAGUGCAGUCUGUUCCCGAACAUCCCAAGAAGGAAAACAUAUUUUGUCUCAGCAACUCAUUUGGAGAUGUCUAUCUUUUCCAGGCUACCAGCCAGACAGACUUGGAAAACUGGGUGACUGCUAUCCAUUCUGCUUGUGCAUCUCUCUUUGCAAAGAAACAUGGGAAAGAGGACACUGUCCGGUUGCUGAGGAGUCAGACCAAGAAUCUACUUCAAAAGAUUGACAUGGACAGCAAGAUGAAAAAAAUGGCAGAAUUACAACUCUCUGUAGUUAGUGAUCCAAAGAAUAGGAAAGCCAUAGAAAACCAGAUCCAGCAGUGGGAACAGAAUCUGGAGAAGUUUCACAUGGACCUAUUCAGAAUGCGCUGCUACCUAGCCAGUCUGCAGGGAGGGGAGUUACCGAAUCCAAAGAGCCUCCUCGCAGCCACAAGUCGUCCCUCUAAACUGGCCCUGGGCAGGUUGGGCAUCUUGUCAGUUUCUUCCUUCCAUGCAUUGAUAUGCUCCAGAGAUGAGUCUGCUCUCCGGAAGCGAACGCUGUCCUUAUCCCAGCGGGUCCGGAACAAGAAGGGUUUGUUUUCAUCACUGAAAGGGCUGGACACAUUGGCCAGAAAGGGAAAGGAGAAACGGCCUUCUAUAACUCAGAUUUUUGAUUCAAGUACUGGACAAGGAUUUUCUGGAUCCCAGCUUCAUCCGAACUCCAAUAACUCCAGUGAGGUGGAUGAGUUUCUAAAUGUUUACUCUUCAGGACCUGACUGUGGAACCAAAGAAAACAUUUGGAAAAUCCAGACUUGCAUUCAUUUUCAGGAUAAUCAAGUAGUUAAUAUAGCCAUCAAACCAGAAUACAGAGUAGAAGAUGUUUUGUCUUUGGCAUGCAAGAUGAAGCAACUGGAACCCAGUCACCAUGGUUUGCAGCUAAAAAGACAUAUUGAUGAAAAUAUUGAGUAUAGUAUUCCUGCAUUAUAUGAAUACAUGCAAGAGCAGGUUUAUGAUGAAAUAGAAAUCUUCCCCUUAAGUGUGUAUCACAUACAUCUUACCAAAACUGGAAGUGUCUCCGACUUUGGGUUUGCAGUUACAGCUCAGGUGGAUGAUCAGCAGCAUCUCAGUCGAAUAUUCAUAAGUGACGUUCUUCCUGAUGGUCUGGCAUAUGGGGAAGGGCUGAGAAUGGGCAAUGAGAUCCUGGCUAUCAACGGGGAGGCUGUAGCUGACCUGGAUGUCAGACAGAUGGAGUCCUUGUUUUCGGAAAGGAGUGUAAAGCUUACUUUGGGUACAAAGGGCAACUUUUGCAACUCGUGGUCAGGUAGUGACCUUUCCAGAGACCCCAAAAGCCUGCUGCCCCCUCCCAACCAGUCUCAACUCCUGGAAGAAUUCCUGGACAACCUCAAAAAGAAUUCAGCAAGUGAUUUCAGCAAUGUGCCUGAUGUUGCGGCUGGCCUGAAAAGGAGCCAGACAGACGGUCUUCUGGAUGAAGAAGACACAUCCAAAGGCAAAGGCGAACAAACUCUCAGGAGUGGUGACCAGAUCACUUCACUUUGUAGAAGUUUUAUUGAGGCCCAAUCAAGCAGCAUGGAAAGACAAAAGGCCACUCAGGGGCCAACACCAAGACCGCUGGCCCGCCAUUUGUCAGACGCAGAUCGUCUGAGGAAGGUGAUCCAAGAGCUCAUGGACACGGAGAAGUCGUAUGUCAAGGAUCUCAGUUGCCUGUUUGAAUUAUACUUGGAGCCGCUUCAAAGUGAGACAUUCCUAACCCAAGAUGAGAUGGAAUCCCUUUUUGGAAGCCUUCCAGAGAUGUUGGAGUUUCAGAAGGUGUUUCUGGAGACCCUGGAGGAUGGCAUCUCAUCAUCUUCUGAUUUCAGCCUACUUGAAACCCCCUCCCAGUUCAGAAAAUUACUGUUUUCCCUGGGCGGUUCGUUCCUUUACUAUGCAGACCACUUUAAGCUGUACAGUGGGUUCUGUGCAAACCACAUAAAAGUGCAGAAAGUCCUUGAGAGAGCUAAAACUGAUAAAGCCUUUAAGGCAUUCCUAGAUGCCCGGAACCCUACGAAGCAACAUUCCUCCACGCUGGAGUCGUACCUCAUUAAGCCCGUCCAGAGAGUGCUUAAGUAUCCCCUGCUGCUCAGAGAGCUGGUAUCCCUGACAGACAACGAAAGCGAGGAACAUUACCACCUCACAGAGGCAUUAAAGGCAAUGGAAAAAGUGGCAAGUCACAUCAAUGAGAUGCAGAAGAUAUAUGAGGAUUAUGGUACUGUGUUUGACCAAUUGGUUGCAGAACAGAGUGGCACCAAGAAGGAGGUCACUGAACUUUCAAUGGGAGAACUACUGAUGCACUCAACAGUGUCCUGGUUGAAUCCUUUCUUAUCCCUGGGAAAGGCAAGAAAGGACCUUGAACUUACAGUAUUUGUUUUUAAGAGAGCUGUCAUCCUGGUAUACAAAGAAAACAGCAAACUGAAAAAGAAACAGCCCUCUAAUUCCCGAUCAGCACAUAUCUAUGGUGACUUGGAUCCAUUCAAGUUCCGCUGGCUGAUUCCUUUAUCUGCUCUUCAAGUCAGACUGGGUAAUUCAGCAGGGACAGAAAAUAAUGCCAUUUGGGAGCUGAUCCACACUAAGUCAGAAAUAGAAGGUCGGCCGGAAACCAUAUUUCAGCUAUGUUGCAGUGACUGUGAAAGCAAAACCAACAUGGUGAAGGUGAUACGUUCAAUUCUGAGGGAAAAUUUCCGGCGCCAUAUAAAAUGCGAAUUACCUCUGGAGAAGCCAUGUAAGGAUCGUCUGGUUCCACUCAAAAAUUGGGUUCCUGUCUCAGCCAAAUUAGCAUCUUCUAGGUCAUUAAAAGUACUAAGGAAUUCCCCCAGUAACGAGUGGAACAAUGACACAGGGAAAAGCAACCCACUGGAUUCCGACGAAUGCAGUCUCAGCAGCAGCACCCAAAGCAGCGGCUGCCACACUACCGAGAGCAGACAGGAAUCUAAAAACUCGUCUCCGGCCAAACACCCGCAAACGUGCUCGUUGGACUUUUCCGACAGCCUUAUUAAGGAAUCAGAUAUCCUCAGCGAUGAAGACGAUGACUACCGUCAGCCCCCGAAGAAGGACAGCCCGACCAAAGACAUCGAGAUCCAGUUCCAGAGGCUGAAGAUUUCCGAGGAUCCAGAUGCGGAGCGGCGGCCAUUCCCAGAAGCUGGUAACAGUUCCCAGAGCAGAGAGCAGCCCAAACUGGUGCGGGGGCACUUCUGCCCAAUUAAACGCAAAGCCAACAGCACAAAAAGGGAGAGGGGAGGGACUUUGCUGUCAAUGCAAGAUCGCCAUCAGUCCCUUGACAGUCAGGUAGAAAGUGUGAAUAUUGACUUAAAUGCCAUCCUGGCCCGAGAGUUCAGUGUCCAGAGUCUAACAUCCGUGGUAAAUGAGGACUGCUUUUUUGAAACAGAGAGCCAUUCAAAAUCCUAGUGCUGAGGGACACGUCUGAGUUCAAGUCCACCCAUGCACUAGAUGGCUUUGCUUUUAAACUAGAGGCUGCAUGGGAAUUACCAGAAAACUACUAUUUGGUUUUGUGCACUAAUACAUUUUUCCACAAAAAUAGUGGUAAAGGAUUAACUUAUUUUAAUUUAUUGUGGAACGGAAAAAACAGAGAUUAAGCUGGUCAGAAUCUGUAAAUUAGUUUUAACCCUUUUGAGCAGGUAUCAAAAUUAUCUAGAGUUGGGAAAAGUUGCAUUUUAAUUUAUAUGAAGGGGUGGGGGUUGUGAUUAAAGCUUUUUUUAAGGUUUUUUUAAGAUUUUUUUCAAUACUUUGGGCAUUUUCUUUCAGCUGUUAAUUUUUGCUUUAUUUAAAGCAGAAUUAAGUUAUUUAGUGUGGCUAAGGGGCACAAUGGUGCAAGAAUUUCAUUUUUACAAGGUUGUAAGAGAUGCUGUUUAUACUAAACCUGUAUAUAUAUACAUAUAUAUAUAUAUUAUAUAUACCAUAUAUAUGAAAAGAAAGCUUGUACUGUAAUCUUAAAUUGAUUGUACUUUUAUUUUCUCUACCCCCUGUACAGUAAAAGAAAAUGUUAUACCUGGAAAUGGAUGUUUAUUUUUGAUGAGCAGAACUUGCCAUCAAGGAACUCGUGUGUUUUUUACCUUACAUUAUACCCAAAUUGUUUAAUCA